AUGGGACGCACUUUACCGAGCCCAGUGGCGUGCAAAGUUUGUGGUGAUCGUUCCUACGGAAAACAUUACGGUGUUUAUUGUUGUGAUGGUUGUUCAUGUUUUUUCAAAAGGUCUGUUCGACGCGGAGUCAUCUAUACUUGUAUAGCUGGCAAUGGGAAUUGUUCAAUAGACAAAGCAAGAAGAAAUUGGUGUCCACAUUGCCGGCUAAAAAAAUGUUUCGCCGUAGAAAUGAAUAUAACAGAAGAACGGGGACCUCGGACAAAAGUCAGACAUAGAAUUCCAUCUGUUUGGACACAAACAGAAUCAAUUAGUAACAUCAUUAGCUUAAACAGUAAUUUCUCCUUCGGAAUAAGUGACUAUAAGCACCAAGAACCUGCUCUUGCAUCAAAUUCUACGAUAUUAAGUUCUGUGGCGACCAAAAUUGUGCAAUCUGAGGAAACACUGCAGUACGAAAUAGUGGCAGAAAUAUUUCUGUCAUCAAUUCGUAACGCUCGAAAACACAAAUAUUUUUCAAAAAUAAAUCCGACCUCACAAAAUAUAAUCCUCCGUAAUAAUUGGUCAGCGUUAUUCAUUCUUCACUUAUCAACAUGGCCGAUAGACUUUACGACGCUAGACAUUACCAGUUCUACGGGCAAUAAAAGUAUAAUUAGAUACUUAUCGUCAGCGCGAUCGACUAUUACUAAGUUACAGCUCGAUCAAAUUGAAUUAUCGUGUCUGGAAACUUUUACUCUCUGUUCAGAAUUCACUGAAAAUGCUGAAGCGGUCGAAAUAAUUAAUACUGCAAAAAAUUCAGCAUUGCAAUUGUUAAUCACUCAUUUACAAAAUGCCAACAACAGAUUAGCGGAAAUUAUUUUUGUUCUACCGAUUUUGUUCGCUUGCUGUUCAAAAGAAUUGUCUGCGGUAUUGUUCACACCUAUUAUUGGCGACGUUUCACUCGAGCAAGUUAUCGCUUCUAUCCAAUAA